AUGGAUUUGGCCCUCCGUGGUACUGUGGGAAGAUAUAUUAUAGUGUAUCUUGAUGAUCUUACUAUUUUUUCUAAAGACUGCGAGAAUCAUCUUUUUCACUUAAAAGAUGUACUUGAAAGAUAUCGCAAGCACAACAUCUCCCUUAAUCCCAAGAAGUUAUUUUUUGGGAGAUUCAUUCCUGACUUUGCAGAAAAGACUCGUCAUAUCAUGGAUAUGAUGAAAGGAAAGACUGCCUUCCAUUGGAAUUCAGAAGGCAAAGUUGCAUUCAAUGAUAUCAAAGAUGCAAUUGCUCAUGCACCUAUAUUGAAGAAUUCAGAAGAGAUUGAAUCUCCUAUUGAUUUCAUGAGUUGUCCUUUAAAGUCUCAUGAACUCAAAUAUUACUCUAUUGAGAAGAAUGCCUAUGCGGUUGUUAAAGCAGUCAAGAAUUUCCAUUUUUACAUCCCGAAUUCGCAUACUGUUGUGUUAGUUACUAAUACAUCAGUCAAGUCUAUCUUAACACAACAGGAGUUUGGUACAAAAAAAGGGAAUUAG